UCUGUUAAAACAUUUCUAGAAAAUAUGAGAUUGAAUUGAAUUUAAGUAUUCCCUCAAAAUCAACUUUUCUUUUGUUUUGUUUUUAUAAACUCGAUACAAUAUAGUCCUCAAUAUCUGCUUCCAUCAUAGUAUUCCUUUAUAAAAAUCCCUUAUAAAAGCCAGAUCCUUAAUGACCUCCAGCAGGUGACUUCAUUUAAGAGUGGGAAGAGACGUCAUGCUAUCAGUGGAUUCAUCUGUGCGAGCCGUAGUUCUUCUCGUGACUGGGUUCAGUUUGUUCUCUCCUGAUCCAGCAGUGUGUGGCGGUGGUUUCCGGAGGUCGGUCAGAUCUUGUUUGUUCAGAUGUUGAGUGUGAUCCACACUCAUCUGGAAAGCGUCAGCUCACGCUUGUGUUACGCAACAGUGCUCCGCUUUAUAAACAGCAGCAGCUCAGGACCGAGAUCUUCUCCAGAGCGGAUCAUGAAGGCGUUCUGCUCUCUGUGGCUGCUUCUGUCUCUGGUCGAGCUCAGUCCGGCUCCGCCCGCGUCUCAGGAGCCGCCGCUGGUGUGCAGAGGGGCCACGGAUCCAGCGCCGCCGCAGCCUGAGACGCAGGAGGACAUGGCCAGCACUGGAGACCUGGAGCCCACACACUUCCCAGCUCGACGGGCGGCUCAGGUGGCCCUGCAUCACCUCAACACCCUUCACGGCUCGCCCUUCCGGGUGUUCGGACUGCAGCAGGUGCACAAGGCCAGCGCGGAGGAUGUGGCUGCAGGAGGCAGGAAGUACAGCCUGGACUUCUCCGUGACAGACUGGGCCAGUGGCAGUGCGGGCCCGGCGCUGCGGUGCUCGGCCGAGGUGAUGUUCCCCAGGACGCAGCAGCACAGUGGUCCUGAGGUGCAGCUGCGCUGUGAGGCCCUGCAGCAGGUCAGCAGCACAGCCGAGGAACACGCUUUCUACCAGAAAUACGUCACGCCCGACAGCGCCGUCUCCGCACAACACUUACCAGACAGCUACGGUAACAUGAGCGAGGACAUGCAGCCGUUCUGGCGUCUGGCUCGCGUGGCCGCGUCCUUCAUCAUGCUCCGAGAGUCCAGUGAGAACACGGAGUUCAACAUGGUUCAGGUGGCCAGCAUCACACAGCAGGAGUCGAGCGAGAAGCAGCUGAUGCUGGACUAUGUGGUUCUUCUUCAUGACCUUCCCUCUCAGGAGAUCGUUCAGUGGAAGCUGCUGGUGUCCUGGUCUCCAGACAGAGGCGUCAGGGUCCUGCAGACGGAGUGGCAGCCCAGAUGCCCUCACGCCACCAAACCACCCAACUAACCCCGAGCUAAACCUGAGCUAAACCUGUGCCAGACCAAUAAAACCAGACCAACACAGCAGCUGCAGUGUGUGUUCAGCGUUCCCACCGCGCUCACCUCAGAGUCUGACUCGAGAAAACCAGCGCUCACCAAAUCAGUGCCUCUUUAGAAUGAUUGAUAGCUUUUGUUCAUAUUUUGAAUUCGAUUUCAUUGUAAUAUUUUAAUGACGUUAAAGUUUUAGUAAUUUU